AUGGAUUCAACCCUGGAAGGUCUCUCGGAAGAACAACGCCAGGAGGCUCUCGCACUAGCGGCUGUGGCACAACGUGCUGAGGAACGAGCGGAACGGCGGGCACUCGAACGAGCGAAGCAGCAAAAAGCCAAGGAGAAACAGCAGGCAAAUAUGAAAAAGAAAGAAAGCGCUUUUUUUUCAAAAAGUAGGAGCUCGUCCAACAACUUUAUCACUUAUAUUCCAAAGAAGAAGCGACAAAAGAUGGGUAAAAAAUCUUCACAGGGUAGCGACGGUGCGCAAUCAUCGCAAACUAGAGUUUUAGCUCCUGAAAUCCUCAAAGACACAACAACUACAAGGGAAGAUUCCGUGUCUGGUAAUGUGAAUGUGACAUCAACGGCGUGGACUCAAAAGGAGCGUGAUUCAGUGCGUCAGACUUAUCUGGGAAAAACUUCGUCGAAUCUCGCGCAACAAGCUAAGACUAGUCCAAGUAAGAAGAAAAAGAAAAAGACAACGCUUCGAACGAAGAAGGCUACUUUCCGCUUCACAUGGGAUGACACUGAUGACACUCUUGAUGCCAAUGAUCCUUUGUACAGCCAUAGUUUGAGUAUUGCUGCCAACCGAAAGCGAAAUGUGACGCAUCAAUCCGGUGAUGACUCAUUAAAGUCGGCACACUCUCUCCACACCAAACCACUUGGUACAAUGACAUCUCGUGAUUGGCGAAUCCUCAGAGAAAAUUACGAGAUCGUUGUCAAAGGAGGAAGAGCCCCGCCCCCGCUGCGAAACUUUCGAGAAGCAAAUUUACAUCCUACUCUCAUCGAUGCGCUCGAAAAUGUCAUGGGCUACAAAUCUCCCACCGCUAUCCAACGCCAGGCAAUCCCGAUCGGUCUGCAGAGGAGGGAUAUGAUCGGCAUAGCUGAAACAGGUAGUGGGAAAACAUGUGCGUUCGGUGUACCGCUACUACAGUAUUUGCUGUCAUUGCCUCAUCGGAUACUAGAUAGAGUUGCAGACGAAGGUCCUCUUGCCCUGGUCAUGGCUCCUACCCGCGAGCUUGCACUACAAAUUCAUGGAGAGUUUGAAAAGAUGCUCAGCCGACAAUCACGCAUUCGAGCUAUUUCGGUUGUAGGGGGUCAGAGCAUCCAACAUCAAGCACAGCAACUUCGGGAAGGUGUGCAUGCUGUCAUUGGUACUCCUGGUCGCAUCAACGACUGCAUUGAGAUGUCCUAUCUGGUUUUGAACCAAUGCUGCUACGUCGUGGCUGACGAGGCGGACCGUAUGGUUGAUAUGGGAUUUGCACCUCAAAUGGAGUCCAUCCUUGAUGCGAUGGGCGGAGCUCUGAAGUCUGAAAACGAGCAGGAAGCCUACAAACAAGAAGAGUUGGACUUGACGAAUGGCGAGGGUUUGCCAAAGCAUCGGCUGAUGAGCAUGUUUACCGCCACGAUGCCUUUGGAAGUUGAAAGGAUUGCAAAACAGUACCUACGGCAUCCUGCAAUCAUUAGUAUUGGUGAUCAAGAUUCAGUGAAAAAUGCUCGGAUCGUCCAGCGUGUCAUUUAUUUAUCUGGUCCGUCAAAGAAAGAGGCGGCUUUGAGAGACUUAAUCUUGAACCCUCGUUAUUUGCGAGAGAAGGUUAUUGUCUUUGUAAAUGAAAAGAAGAACGCUGAUGGUGUAGGCAGGAUCGUAGAACGCACCGGGCGUACUUGUGUAGUUUUGCAUGGAGGAAAGUCACAGGAGCAGCGGGAAGAGAACUUGUUGAGAUUUCGGCAGGGAAAUGCUGUUCUCGUUGCUACAGACGUCGCAGGCCGGGGGUUGGACGUCAGUGAUGUGGCCCAUGUUAUCAAUUACGACCUUCCAACCCGCAGCAUCGAUUCCUACUGUCAUCGUAUUGGACGAACUGGGCGUGCCGGUAAGGAAGGGUUGGCUACCUCGCUUAUGACAGACGAGGAUGAAGGAAUAAUGGUUGCGCUCAAGAGUUACUUGGAAGCAACUGGGAAUCCAGUCCCUGAGAAGCUCGCAAGGCAUCGUGCAGCGAACGCAAGUAGUCUUGGAAAUUUGAUCUAUUAG